AAUAUCGCGGCCGUGGUGGGGGACGAAAUAGAAUCUUAACAUAUUGGUUAUGUUCCAGGCACUUUAGAUGCACGCCGUUUCUGACCCGGGAAUGUUGUCCGUCCGCCCGCUCGCUUCUCUUCUCUUCUCUCGGUCGCCGCGCCUGUGUUCCGGGGCGCCCUAACCUAAACGCCUCAGUUCUCGCUCGACUGACCGCCCAGUCCAAGGAAUAAUUCAUCGCCUCCGUGUUUUGUGACCGUGUGCUUCGUCUUUCGCCGUUGUGUUAUCAGUGACUCUCCGCCGAUCGUCCUUGGAUACAACGGACUAUAGUGAAUUCUCGCUCUUGUAAUUGAGCUCCGUUUUUUAGUGGCGUGAUGCAACCACCCAAGUCAACAAUCGUUUACGGAUUCUUAACCCUGCCAACAAGGACGAAUCUCUGCUUAGAAUUGUGAUAAUUUUGAAGGUGUUAACCUCUCGUGAUUAAAAAAUUAAUUUCUAAUACUUAAUUUAUUUAUCAGUGUUUAAAUAGCUGGAGGGGUCGAAUUCGCAUUACCUACUGUGUGAAAACAACUUACCCACCGUUGGGAAUAUUGUGAAAAAUAUCUGCUUCAAAUUGUACGAAAAGCUGACCCACCGUUGGAAAUAUUGUGAGAAAUAUCUGCUUUAAUUUCAACUUGAAGCUGAAUUAAAGAAGCCGCACGCUUCAACAAAACUACUGUGGGUACAGUGGCGGCAAAAAGUCUGCACGACUGAUCUGCAAGUUUACCCCCAUGAAUGUCCAUGUGUACUAUGCUUUUAAGCGUGCAGAUAGGUGAAGUGAUUUCUAGGGGUUGUUGAAAUACCCACUCAAGUGGACUUUGACGGACAGUGUUACGGGUGAUAUUGCGAAGGGUAGUUUCGUAGAAUCCGGAAGUGCUCGGGGGAUGAAAAUGCGUCGGCGGACUCGGGCGGACGCCGGUUGCUCGACCCCCGCUGGGAGCCGCUGGUUUUCGGGCUGAUGACGUCAUGAUGGUUCUGGAAAGCGGAGGGCUGUCGAACCCAGCUUUGAGGUUAUACGCCGCGGCCGCCGCCGCCGCCGCCAACAACAACAACAGCAGCGGGAACAAUACCGGUGGCGGGCUGCCGUGCUUCCCGUCGUCGCCGAUCAUGCCGCCGCACUCGCUGUUUCCGCAUUUCGCGGCCCGGUUUCCGGUCGGGCUGGCCGGGUUCGUACCCUCGCCGUUCCUCCACCACCACCCGCACCAGUCGCCCAACUCCAUCCACCACCCGGCCAGCCUCAGGUUCGGCGCCGCCGGGUUCCUCUCGACCAGGACGCACAACCAGUCCGGGGAUCCCGGCUCCCGCAGUGAAAUUAGUUCCAAUAGUCCCGUUACCUGUAGUAAAAAAUCUAGGAGUUUAUCCACCAAUGCCAGCGAUGACAGUGCUUCCGAGGAUGCCGCGUCCAAAAAAGAUGGGGAGAGCCCGGAGGAUAUGUCCAGCAAGCGUCGGCGAUCGAGGACAAACUUCAACAGCUGGCAGUUGGAGGAGCUCGAGAGAGCCUUCUUGGCCAGCCAUUAUCCAGAUGUCUUCAUGAGGGAGGCGCUGGCUCUCCGAUUGGACCUUAAGGAAUCCAGAGUCGCCGUCUGGUUUCAAAAUCGGCGGGCGAAAUGGCGUAAGAAGGAACACACGAAGAAGGGACCGGGUAGGCCUGCGCAUAAUGCUCAUCCAGUGACGUGUUCAGGCGAGCCUAUCCCGGCCGAAGAACUGAGGCGGAAGGAAAGAGAGAGGCGACAGAAGAAACUGCUGAAAAGUCUCGAACGGCAACAAAGAAAGCUCGCUGCCAAAGGUGUCAAUGUCGAUAUUGAAACUUUAAGGCGGGAGUGGGAAGCACAGCAAAAUAAUGGGAAGCGUGGUGGCGACGACUUGCAAACGUCCUCGAUGACCGGGAUGAGCGUGAGCAGCAUGGACAUCUCGCACGAGGACUCCUCGUCCUGCUGCAGCCAGCUGAGCAGCAACACGAACCGGGACAUCGAGAUCGACGUCGUCGGCGACGAGGACGAGGACGACUCCGACGACGAAGACGACGACGCCGACGCCGACAACGAGGAGUCCGACGUCCCCCGGGUGCCCAGUGACGUCACCCGGGACACCUACCAAAGACACGAGGGCGUCACCCGCGACACCUACCAAAGACACCUCAUCAAAGAGGAGAACUCGAGUAUGGACCUCAGCGCUACGUCGAUCUCUAUCGAUAAGGAACGACGCCCGCUGAACCCCUUCAGUAUCGAGUCGCUCCUCUCUGGGAAUAACAACAUAAGCGUCACGCCCCUCGUUAACGGGAGCCAUUCCCUCAAGUCGGAGCCCAGCAGCCCGAAGAAUUCUUAGACCUCGAUCUCUAGUCCGCCCGGUAUCUCUCCCACCUCGCGCCUCUCGCCCCAGUCUAGUUACUAACGUCUUUGUUUAAGCCUCUUUGUUUAUCUGACUUUUUGUCGUUACCCACACGAAAAAACGUAGCUGAGUUUCGGCGUUGCAAAAUUUCCUCUCGUAAAUUGUUUUUUUACGAGGCAAUCACGGGA